AUGGAGCGCUACCACAGGCUCGGCGUGGUCGGCAAGGGCUCGUCCGGCAGUGUGUUCCUUGUAGAGGACGUGGAGACUGGGGCACAGUAUGUACACAAGCUCAUCGAUCUCGCCGACUUUGACGACAAAGCCGUGGCCGCAGCUCGGACCGAGGCUGCAACACUGGCGAGGCUCGACCACCCAAACGUGAUCCAGUUUGUGGAGGCCAUCGAGAGCGAGGGCAAGAUGAACAUUGUGAUGGAGCAUGCCGGCGGCGGCGACGUCUCGCUCAUGCUCAAGUCGCGAAACACGAUCCUGCUCUCCGAAGACGAGGUCAUGGCAGUGUUUAUCCCGCUCGCCCUCGCCCUGGAGUACGUGCACGGGCACAAGAUUCUGCACCGAGACCUCAAGGCCCAGAAUGUUUUCAUCACCCUGUCCGGAGAGAUCAAGUUGGGCGACUUUGGUGUUGCCAAACCGCUGGCGGGCACGCUCGAGUCUGCACGGACCGCCAUCGGCACGCCAUACUACCUCUCGCCCGAAAUUUGCGCCGAGCAGCCGUACAACGCAAAGUCGGAUGUCUGGGCCCUCGGCUGCAUCUUGUACGAGCUCUGCACUCUCCGCAUGCCGUUCGAGGCCCGAAACUUCAAGGGACUUGUCCUCAAGAUCCGCAAGGGUACCUAUCGCCCUUUGCCCGAGUGGUACUCCGCUGACCUCCUUGACCUCGUCGAUCUGCUUCUGCAGAAGGAUCCCAAGAACAGGCCCAUGGUCCAUGACAUCCUCACCCGCCCGUACUUGGUCCGUUACAUCACUGCAUACCGCGCAGGCGAGCUCUCCAUCCCCGGCACCGCUCUUGCUCCCCAGCCGUCUGCCGAGAGCCUGCCAGACAGCCUGCCGUCGCUUCCAAGCCCGGUUCUUCCGGCUACGCCACACCUUAAGGGCUCAAACUCGAGCAGCAAGGCUGCUGCUGACAUCAGUCAUACCAGCGACGCCUCCUCACUCUCGGGUCUUAACGAUCUCAUUGACGAUUCGUCCUUGUCGGGCGCAUCGGACCUCCUCGCUGCUGUCGAGGCCGGUGAUGCCGAGCGUGAAGAAGAACUGCGUCUGCUUAUGCUGGAGAAGAUUCGCUCCAAAAUCAUGGCUCAAAACCAAGCCAAAAAGGUCAAGAAGGCCAAGAAGGCCAAGAAGGCCAAGUCCAAGUCCAAAUCCAAGUUCAAGGCCAAGUCUCGCCACAAGGGCAAGGUCAAGUCCAAGUCCAAGUCCAAGUCCAAAUCAAAGCCAAGGCGCCUCUCUGGUGGCUACUCGGCCACGUCAAGCUGCUCACGCUCCAAGUCUCGCUCCAAGUCUCGCUCCAAGUCUCGCUCCAAGUCACGCUCCACACCACGGCAUCUCGCGCUCGUGUCCUCAUCGAGCGCAACAUCCACAUAGCUCUUGCGUUUUACGACUCAAGCCAUCAUGCGCUCGUAAGCAACGACAAAGGCAUCGCGAGCAGCAACCGCCUUGAGCACGUUGGCGUAAGACCAGGUGAGGUCGGUGGCCGACAUCUCGAACCCGGUGUCGCGGUCGAGCUGCUCCGAGAGGUGGAAGCCAGCGCCAGCAACAUGAUAGCGAAUGCGCUCGAGAACGCCGUCGCCGGCCGAUGCGAGCCGAAGCGCAAAGUUGGCGACGGAGAGCUUACCCAGCGACUCUGCGCUCUCGCCGAACAUCUCGGCAUAGUGCGGGAGCGCGUCAUGCGGCAGCUUGCCAACGUUGACCACCUCGCUUGCAGCCCGAUAGUGCAGCUGCGCAAGCGCGGCGGUGGUGAGAAUCCACGGGUUGCCACCUGCAUACGUGUCACCAGCGUACCGCCCGUAGAGAACUCCCGGGAUGCCGUUCUGAGUGUCGAUGGUAUUGAUCUUGAACAUGUCGGUGAAAGUUGCCGAGAGCACGUUCACCGUUGCCGCCACCCACGACGAGGUCGGCGCAAAGUUGGCUUCCACCGACGAUCCCAUGUACGCGUCGUUGAGAGCACAGAUGACCGACGCACCCUUCUGCCGGUUGCUCGACUCCUGAAUAAACUGCCCGUUCCAGUG